AUGAGAGCUCAAUUCUUCUGCUAUUGCAUUUUACUAUCCAUCACUCUAGUCCAUUCCGCUUCUUCUGAGAAUAACAGUAACCGUAGGAUUCUCCACCAACCGCUUUUUCCGGAGAGUUCGUCUCCUCCGCCUGAGCUUCUAUCACCGCCGCCGCCGGCUCCUCCUCCGCCGGACAGCCCCGACCAGCCAUUCUUCCAUGAGUUGCCGACAGGACCUACCAAUCCGGAGCUGAGCCAACCACCGCCGGCAGUGGCACAGAACAGCUCCGUUCCGCUGCCGCAAGCGCCGCUGCCGACGAAGUCGACGAAGAAAGUUGCGGUGGCCGUCUCCGUUGGAAUCGUCACGCUCGGAAUGCUGUCGGCUCUCGCGUUUUUUCUCUACCGCCACCGGGUCAAGCACCCGUCGGAGACUCAGAAGCUCGUCAAUGGCGGAGGGAGCGGCUCGCAGCGGUUCGCCGAUGAUUCCAGAGCGGCGCCGUCGAGUUUUCUCUAUAUCGGCACCGUCGAGCCGAGCCGCACCUCGACGAGUACUGACGUCAUGAGCGGAGCGACGCCGGAAGUGAACCGUUCGCCGUACCGGAAACUCGAGUCGAUCAAGAGAUCGGAUCGGUACCGGCCGAGUCCCGAGUUGCAGCCGCUGCCGCCGUUGGCGAAGCCACCGCCGCCUCAGAACUUCGAUUCGCCGUCGCCGAUGACGUCAUCCGACGACGAAGAGAGCCACGAGACGACGUUUCACUCGCCGCAGUUGUCGUCGAUUAGCUACGAAGACGGCUAUUACACGCCGAAGCAGAGCAGCCUCUGUAAUACGGUCAGUAAUGGAAGCAAUCAGUCUCAGUCUCAGACUUCGAGUACUAAUUCGGUUCCUCACUCGAAACGAACCUCACCGAAAUCACGACUCUCAGUCUCUAACCGUGCUGCUCCGUCUCCCCCGCCGCCUCCUCCGCCGCCGCCAAUGCUGGCAAUUCAGGACUUCUAUCAAAGUGUUUCGCAUUCUCAUAAGAAGCCGAAAUUCUCGGCCCCGCCACCACCGCCAAAUAUGAGUCUGCUCCAGUCACUAGCCACCCCGACCCGCCAAGUAUCUAGAGCCCCGGUUCCACCUCCACCGCCUCCGCCACCGUCACGAAGACACGGGGAUGAUUCAGAAACAGUUGUUGAUCCUAAGCCGACUCCAGUAUCAUCGAAGCCACUGUCCUCACCCACAUCAACCCCAAACGGCUCGUGUGAGAAUGGGACGAGUAAAACGAAACCUCUUCAAAGAGCUGAGAAAAGCUUAGGCUCUGCAGAGAGUUUGGAGAAUGAUGAUUCUGGAGGAUCAAAGCCGAAGUUGAAGCCUCUUCACUGGGACAAAGUUAGAGCAACCUCUGAUAGAGCUACAGUUUGGGAUCAGCUGAAAUCAAGCUCAUUCCAAUUAAACGAAGACAUGAUGGAGACUCUUUUCGGCUGCAAUCCUGCAAAUACGACCCCAAAAGAGCCUAGUACUACUACUAGAAGAUCAGUUUUGCCACCGGUCGAACAGGAAAACAGGGUUUUGGACCCAAAGAAGUCGCAGAACAUAGCCAUAUUGUUAAGAGCACUUAAUGUAGCUAGAGAUGAGGUUGUAGAAGCUCUUUGGGAUGGUAACCCAGAAGGCUUGGGCGCCGAGCUUUUGGAGACUCUGGUUAAGAUGGCACCAACAAAGGAAGAAGAAAUUAAACUUCGAGAGUACAAGGGUGACAUCACAAAAUUAGGGUCUGCUGAACGGUUUUUGAAGGCAGUGCUUGAUAUCCCAUUUGCUUUUAAGAGAGUUGAGGCAAUGCUAUACAGAGCUAACUUUGAUACAGAAGUGAAGUACCUAAGGAAGUCUUUUCAGACGCUCGAGGAAGCAAGUGAAGAAUUGAAGAACAGUCGAUUAUUCCUAAAACUCCUUGAAGCUGUUCUUAGGACUGGAAACCGGAUGAAUGUUGGGACAAACCGUGGGGAUGCUAAAGCUUUCAAACUUGAUACACUCUUAAAACUGGUCGACAUAAAGGGAACAGAUGGAAAGACCACAUUGCUCCACUUUGUGGUUCAAGAGAUUAUAAGAUCUGAAAGUCCAGGUUCUGAAACAAAGGAGAACUUCAAGACAAAGGAAGGUGAUUUCAAAAAGCAAGGAUUGAAAAUGGUGGCAGGAUUGAGCAAAGACCUCGGCAACGUCACAAAAGCAGCAGGAAUGGACUCAGAUGUCCUAAGUAGCUAUGUGUCAAAGCUUGCAAUGGGGCUUGAGAAGGUCAGACUGGUCUUGCAGUAUGACAAGGCAGAUGCGGAUGGAAAAUUCCUCAACUCGAUGAAGCUCUUUCUGAAAGAGGCUGAGGAGGAAAUUCGUAGGAUCAAGGAUGAUGAGAAAAAGGCAUUAUUUUUGGUGAAAGAGGUUACUGAAUAUUUUCAUGGGGAUACAACAAAGGAGGAAGCUCAUCCUUUCAGAAUCUUCAUGAUCGUAAGAGAUUUUCUUAAAGUAUUGGAUCAUGUGUGCAAGGAAGUCGGGAAUAUGCAGGACAGAACACUGGUGGGUUCUGCUAGAUCAUUCCGGAUAGCUGCGACUGCUCCUUUACCGGUUCUCUCCAAGUAUCACUUGAGACAAGAUGACACCUCGGACGAUGACAGCUUUUCUCUUUGAAACUGUGUACAUGAAGCCCAGGAACCUUUAGGAGGACAACUAAACUAGAUGAAACUACCACACGCAUCACCAAUGCAUCCAACCGAAUCAGCACCACCAGUAUAUUAAUUUCUUUUGUUACAAGCAUGUCAAAGGAGUAGAAGAAUGCAGCAGCUUUUGAAAGUCUUUCCAAUAUAAGGAAAAAUCCCACUCCACAGUCCACACCGAGAGAUCUCCAUUCAGUUAAUCAGGUAAUGCUCCCGGAGAAGCAACAGAGUUUGUAUGAGAAUGCAUAGUCCAGAAAAGAUGAAACAUAAUGUUAUGGGAAGGGCAGCAUCAAAGAAGAAGAUUCUACAGUCAAAAUAUUUAAGGUCUUUCCUUUUUUUUGGGUUUUCUGCUCCAACAUACGUGCCCCAUAUAUAGUUAGGAUAGGUUUCUUCAUUUAGGUCCCAGAUCGAAGUCCCACUCAUUUUGAAAGAAGCAAGAAUGUUUUGAUGGUGGUUCAAUAUGAUGUCGUGGUUGGGUUGUGCAUUUAUUUGAUAAUUAUAAAGAAAUAAGUGGCUAUUCCUGUUCUUCAGCA